AAUUUGUAAUGAUCAAAACUUACACUUUUGUUUCUCACUAUGGCACAUUUGUAGUAAUUUGUUUUCCGAAGUUUUAUACUGAUUUUGCAAUCUCCUUUAAUUUUAGUAUUAAUAGAAUUGUUAACGCUAAUUAAGAAGAACAUUUUCCUCUCAACUAUCCUCCAAAUCGAAAUCUCUCGCCAUCUGACAUAUUCCGAUAUGAUCUUCACCACCGGUUCUACAGUGGCCGUCCAGUCAGUUGUACACUUUGCAUCUUCCUUUCACUCUCCCGAUCUGACCCGUCCAUACAAAAAACCGUCCUUGUUCACCACAUGUUGCUCCUCUUUUUCCAAAAAGGUUGGGACAGAGAGCAGCAACAUGUGCGUGUAUAUACCGAACAAACUCCCCGACAAAAAGUAUGUGCGUGUAUUUGACACGACGCUCCGUGACGGGGAACAAGCCCCCGGUGCAGCACUUACUCCACCACAGAAGCUAGAGAUUGCCCGGCAGCUCGCCAAACUCCGAGUAGACAUCAUGGAAGUUGGUUUCCCUGCGUCCUCUGAGGAAGAGUUCGAAACCGUCAAGACCAUUGCCAAAACCGUAGGAAACGAGAUGGAUGAAGAAACAGGUUACCUCCCAGUUAUAUGCGCCGUUGCACGAUGCAAACAGAGAGACAUCAAGGCGGUUUGGGAAGCGGUGAAGUACGCAAAGAGACCGACAAUACUCAUAUUCAUAUCUACUAGUGACAUACACAUGAAAUAUAAGUUGAAAAAGACUGGAGAAGAAGUCAUCCAGAUGGCAGUGAGUAGUGUUAGGUUUGCUAAGAGCUUAGGCUUCAAUGAAAUCCAAUUCGGCUGCGAAGAUGCCGGCAGGUCGGAGAAAGACUUUCUAUGCAAGAUUCUAGGAGAAGCGAUCAAAGCGGGUGCAACCACGGUGAACCUCGCAGACACGGUAGGGAUCAACAUGCCGCAAGAAAUUGGAGAACUUGUGAGCUACCUCAAAGCCAACACUCCUGGGAUCGAUGAUGUUGUCUUCAGCAUUCAUUGUCACAACGACCUUGGUGUUGCUACCGCUAACGCAAUCGCCGGUGUAUGUGCGGGAGCAAGACAAGUGGACGUAACGGUAAACGGAAUAGGUGAAAGAAGUGGGAAUGCACCACUUGAAGAGGUCGUGAUGGCUUUAAAAUGUGGAGGCGCAUCUACGAUGGAUGGUGUGUACACAGGAAUAGACACAAGCCAAAUUAUGGCUACUAGCAAGAUGGUUCAAGAAUAUACUGGCUUGUAUGUUCAAUCACAUAAGCCCAUUGUUGGAGCCAACUAUUUUGCUCACAAGAGCGACCUUAACCAGGCUGGAAUAUUCAAAAAUCAGGGUACAUAUUCACCAGAAGAUGUUGAGGUUGUGAAAUCUCAAAAUUAGGCAUUGUUCUUGGAGGCACAACAAUAGGGUUCCAUGGAAGCGUUGGUUCUUCUACGAACUCCACUUUUUAAUAAAAAAAUGCUUACAUUAUGUUUGAUAUUUCUUGAACAUGAAUAUCGGUUUGUAUCUUUUAGUAAAAACUAAAAAUAAAUAAAUAUCGGUUUCUCCGGUUUGGUUAUAUCAAUGUUUGCCUGGAUUGAUGGAAAUACAUAUUGCGAUGGUCUAAAACCUAACAUGUUGUUACCAUGAAAGAAAUAUAUGCACUUUUGCGAAAUAGACAAACUAUGUGAAGAUAUAUCUAAGAAAUAGUACGAUCAUUUUGAUUGUUAUAUAACAUGUGUGUAUAUACAUCCAUGAACUUUGCAACUGCAUGUAUAACAACAACAACGAUACUCAUACCCAACAACUGAUUACUAUUUGAUUUUGAUUUAUGAAUAGAUGGAUUUUUUACCAUUUUAUAUUCAAGAUAAUACAAAUAGAAAUUAAACGGAAAAAAAAAUACAGACUCGUAUUCUUCAACGUAAUAACAAAUCAGAAAAAUCAUAAAUCUUAUAUUACGUUGUUCAAUUUUCUAACUUCAACAAUAUUGUUUCUUUCAACAAUAUUAUUUCUGGUCUCACAAAGUCAAAUCAAAGAUGCAUAGAAUUUUUUUUAUUUGUUACACAGUUCGGUUAUACCCAAAAUAAUUCGAAUCUGAAUCCGAACCUUAAAAAUCCGAACCCGAUCUGAAAUUUAAAAUAACCCGAACGAAUUAUGUACCUCUCCAUCCGAAAACCCAAAAACCCGACCCGAACGCGAACGUCCGGACCUAACGAUACUCAUACGCAAUUACCCAAUUAAAAUAAUCAAUUUUGAUAUAUAAUUCCCAUAAUAUGAAAGAAAAUUAUUGGUUUCAUCAUAUUGAAAACAUAAUUAUUUAGGUAUUCGAAUGUAUUUACAUAGACAUAAGAUACAGAUUUUGAUACCGAUAUUUAUCCACUUGGUUGGUAAGAUCCUCAUCAACUUGAUUCCAUACUUUAACAAGAGUUAACCAAUGUUGUGGAACUCAAGUUCAAUUUUCCGGCAAGAACAGGUGCAAGAAAGAAACACAAAGUCUGGAUAAAAGUGCAACAACCUACUUGAGGAAAG